GCGCGUGACAGGCGCGCUUCUUCUAAGGAAAGGAAAUUUUAACUAUGGCAGUUACAUUUCACCACAUCCACCUCCGGUGUGAGGACUUGGAUGGUGCAAUUCGUUAUUAUGAAGAGAUGUUUGAUGGGAAGGUCUCCGAAAAGGUUGAGGUCCGCGGGUUACCGAUCGUACGGAUGGAAAUCGGUGGCGAACGGAUCUUCCUCUCACCUAAGCUUGGCGACUUGGAGGUAGAAGACACCAGCGGGAAUCCACGUUGGGGUGUCUAUCAACUCGCUUUUACCGUAGAAGACCUGGACGCUGAGGUCGCGAAGCUUCAAGCGAAGGGCGCGGAACUCGAAGAUCUGAAACCCAAUGGACUCAUGAUGGCGUUUUUCAAGGGACCCGACAACGUUCAAAUUGAACUCAUUGAGGCUUAA